AUCUUAGUAAUUACAGAUCAUUUUUAAACUUCGCGCGUUUAGUUGUAUAUUGAACAGUCAUUAAAAAUAAGUUUUCUACCCAAUCGUACAUAGAUUAGAUUAAAAAACAGUUCGAUGAUAACAAUGAUUCGGUUACUUUCAAAAAAUAUACGUAAAGAGCAAAAAAUACUCUUUUAUCUAACUGGUAUAUCAACCAUGUCGUCAUGGGCAUCUGCAGAUGAACGUAUAUUAAAAACAGUAAGGAAAAUCAUACCAAAUUUAAACAAUACCAAAUAUAAAGGUCAAGAUGGAAGAAUUGGAAUAUUUGGUGGUAGUGCAGAGUACACAGGAGCACCUUAUUUCGCAGCAAUGAGUGCACUUAGAACCGGUGCUGAUUUGGUACAUGUAUUCUGCGCAAAAGAGGCUAGCAUUCCUAUUAAAUCUUUCAGUCCAGAUGUAAUCGUCCAUGGAAUCUUGGAUCAAAGCGAUGCUAUCAAACAUAUAAAACCUUGGUUAGAUUGUUUACACAUUAUUGUUAUUGGCCCUGGAUUGGGAAGAGACGAGAAAACUUUCAAAAUCAUAGUUGAAUUAAUUUCUAUCUGUCGUGAACUGCAAAAACCAUUGGUCAUAGAUGCAGAUGGUUUAUACUUAAUAACUCAAAAACCUGAAAUAGUCAUAAAUUAUCCAAAUCUUAUACUUACACCUAAUGCUGUAGAAUUUAUUCGUUUAGUUAAAUCUGUAUUAAAGAAAACAAUUGAACCUUCUCCGACGGUUAAAUCUACAGAUGUUAAAGAUUUGGCAAAUAGUUUUGGAACAAAAGUAGUCAUUUUAUGUAAAGGAUCAAAAGACGUUAUAGUAAGUGGACAAGAAGACAGUGAUAUUGUAUGCUCUGGCAUGUCUGGUUCUGGACGACGAUGCGGUGGUCAAGGAGAUCUUUUAGUUGGAUCCAUAGCUGUUUUCUGGUGGUGGGCUAUUUGUAAUGCAAAUAAUGAAUUUUCUAUGUCACCUGCAGUAUUAGCAUCUUAUGCAGGAUCAAGAUUAAUUAGAGAAUGUAAUGCAGCAGCAUAUAAAAUUAAACAGAGAGCCACUUUAGCGAGUGAUAUGCUGGAACAAAUACAGUGUACUUUUGCUAAAAUUUUUGAAACUCAUAACAACAAGUGAGUUCCAUAAGUUCAAACCAAAAAGCUAUAUAUAAUUACAAUUGAUACUAUAUUUUUUUAUAAGGAGUAAUCUGUACAUGUAUUUCUUAAUAUAAA